AUUUAACAAUAUUAAACUUUGCCCGCAUUUGUGAUUUACUGUGCCAUCUGCGGGUGUCUUUUAAGUAGAUUACACAGUAGGUCUAAGCGAACGCUCUUCUUCAAUAGGGGUGUGAUAUUUCGUAGAUCGUGAGUAGCACAUUAUGGAGGACAGCGUCCUUAGCACUAGCAUGACCGAUAUCGUAGCUGCCACGGCUGCGAUGUCCGUGAAGGACACCGACGGUGCUGCUAGUGUUACAGCAAUUCAUAUGCGAGACCGUAGCAACGGUGGUAUUCCCAGCGAUGACGACGAAGCAAUUGCUGCUGCGGAAAGGGAGCUUCGCAAAUCUUUUUCUCCCAACUUCCGCCAAAACAGGCACCCCUUCCUGAUUGGCGUGGCAGGCGGCACGGCAUCGGGCAAGACAACCGUGUGCGACCGGAUCAUGCAGCGUCUGCAUGAUCAAUGCGUGGUGAUGCUCUCGCAGGACUCCUUCUACCGCACCCUGACACCCGACGAGUUGGUGCUCGCCAAGUCAAACAGCUACAACUUCGACCACCCUGACGCGCUAGACCGCAAGGAGCUGCUGAGCUGCCUGACGCGGCUCAAGGAGGGGCGCUCUGUGGACAUUCCUAUUUACGACUUCGCCACGCACUCCCGCUCCCAGGAGACCCGGCGGGUGGACCCCGCUGACGUGGUGAUCAUGGAGGGCAUCCUGGUGCUGGCCAUGGAGGAGAUCCGCGAGCAGCUCAACAUGAAGAUCUACACGGACACGGACGAUGACGUGCGACUGGCGCGCCGCAUCCAGCGCGACGUGGCCAGCCGCGGGCGCGACGUCGCGAGCGUCAUUGAGCAGUACACUCGCUUCGUGAAGCCCGCCUUCGACACCUUCAUCGGCCCCUCCCGCCGCUUCGCCGACAUCAUCGUACCCUGGCAGUCCAGCGAGAACGUGGUGGCCAUCGACCUCAUCACGGAGCACAUCCGGCUGAAGCUGCGGCAGCACGACCUCAUCCGCAUCUACAGGAACCUGGAGGUGAUGCCCUCCAACUUCCAGAUGCGCGGCAUGCACACCAUCCUGCGCGACCGCGAGACCUCCAACUCCGACUUUGUGUUCUACGCGGACCGCAUCAACCGGCUGCUGGUGGAGGCGGGGCUGGGGCACCUGCCGUUCAGGGAGAAGGUCGUCACCACGCCGACCGGCCACAAGUACGUGGGUGUGGAGUUUGCUCGCGGGCUGUGCGGCGUGAGCGUCAUCCGCAGCGGCGAGGCCAUGGAGGCGGCGCUGCGGGAGUGCUGCCAGGGCAUCAAGAUUGGCAAGAUCCUGGUGCACCGCCACGGCAAGAGCGAGGACAUCAUCUACGAGAAGCUGCCGUCUGACAUCUCGCGGCGCUACGUGUUGCUGCUGGACCCCGUGCUGGGCACCGGCAACACCGCAUGCAAGGCCAUCCAGGUGCUUCUGGACAAGGGCGUGGAGCAGAGCAAGAUCCUGUUCUUGUGCAUCAUCGCGGCACCCCCCGGCAUCCACCGCGUGUGCCAGGCCUACCCCGGCGUCAAGGUCAUCACCUCGGAAAUUGACUCGGCUAUUGACGAGAACUGGUCUGUGGUGCCGGGCGUGGGCGAGUUCGGCGACCGCUACUACUGCUGAAGGAGGCUUGAUGGGACGGCAUACAUGGCCUGACACGCUGGACGCUGCGCGCUGCUGCAACGUCUGCUAACUGCGUCUUAGAGGCGUACGUGACAGGGUGAUGGGCGGUGCCGGAAGGUGCAUGGCGCUGAGGAGGGGGGCGAUUAUGGGAGUGUGGACGUGCGUUGGUAUGGGUGUGCGUCGUUUGUAGCGGUGCUUUAUGACGAGGACAGGCAGCUGCGAAACAGUUAUCGGACGACCCGGUGGAGAGGACGUGGGAGAUCUUUCGUCGCUUGCUGUGGUAUCUUCAGUAGAUGCCCUUUGCAUGGUUGCGCUAACGUAGAUUGGGCUUAGCCCUUGUCGUGUCAUGCAGCUGCUGCGACUUGAUUGGUGUCCCACGGGGCAGGAACUGACCUAGUUAAAAGACGUGGUGCGUUUGAUAACGAAGUGCGUUGGACGGUGGGUGCAGGUGGGAUGCUGUGUUGGUGGGCUGUUAGGUGGUAGAAAGUUGCAGCUGCUUAAUGAAGAAUUGGGCUGUAGCUGGUGUUGGGGACAGACAACGCUGGGUGUUGCUUGCAGGUGGCCUGACUGAUGGUGACAUUGGUAUCGGGGUGGUGUUAGAUGUGCUUGGUGUGGGUUUGCGGGUGUUCCCGCGUACUCCAUAGUACCCAUUGUAUAGCGCGGGCUUUCUGGUAGGGUGGGAACGACACCGUGCUUUAUCAAGAUUCCUCCACGUCUUAUGGGUGAUUGCUUCGUCUGGUGCCUUCGCUUGCAAGGCUUCAAUGAUGGGCGUGCCAGGAGUGUGCCUGUAGCAGUUGAGACAAACUGCAAACCGAACCAAAGGCGCAGCCUAACGUGUAAUAACGAGGCGUGCGGAUGCGAGGGGUGUAUGCGAUGCAUAGGCGGGGUUACCAAGCAUGAAGACGUGUUCCCCUGUGAUGGAGACUGACUAUAAGUUACAGGCGUUUUGGACGGAGUGUUUUGCCUUGGAGAGCGGGCUUUUACUGGUGCACCUUGCUGUAUGCCUUGCACGAGUACGGCAGCUGUACAACUACCAUGAUCCAAGUGUGGCGCUUGCCUACUCGUGCAUGUUCCGCAUGGCCGCUCGAUUGGGUGCGCCGGUGUGAGAAACGCGUUAUGUCUAUUAAACAUCAAUAUACUUGAUCUCGGGCUGUGGGCCUCCUCGUGUUGUUCCUUGUAACACGUUAUCUUUCCGAACAGUUAUACACAAACAUAUAGAAGCAAAUAUUCAAUUGAAACAUCGGUUAGGAUAGCGCAGCAGUAUGCAAGCUUCUGCGCCUCAGCGCACCCUAGCCAGGGGCAAGACAUCAUGCUUUCCGCUCGCAUUCAAAUCAAAUGUAAACGUUAUUAAUAGAAAUUACGUCUUCGGUGCGCAAUGUCGGCGAACAACGCUCUUGACAGUGCGCGCUUCACCUGAAAGCGAGCCUGGCACUGCGGACAAGCCGCAAGUCCCAGCCGCUGGUCCAUCGCGAAACAGCAGUGGCGAUGCUUCAGUAUCGGGAAGCAAUGCUGGCAGCACAAGCGCAAGCAGCCGGCGCACUUCUGUCUCUUCGCUCGGGAGCAUGGAGGAUGACAAGUUUAGCUGGGCGGAGUUUCUAAACAGCGAUCUUCCAAAGAAACUGGGUGGCCUACUAGCAUUACUGCUCCUAAGUCGCGUUGGUGUUUACAUCCGCCUGCCGGGUGUGGAUGUGGAUGCAUUUGCAAACAGCUUGACAAACAGCGGCCUGCUAGGAUACAUUGACACCCUCUCGGGCGGCUCCAUCUCCAAGGUCGGCUUGUUCAGCCUGGGCAUUAUCCCCUACAUCAACGCCUCCAUCGUCCUGCAGCUCUUCACAGCCGCCUUCCCCUCGCUUAAGAAGCUCCAACGCGACGAGGGCGCACAAGGCCGCGCCAAAUUCCAAUACUACCAAAAGCUCCUCGCCUUCGCCUUCGCCAUCUUCCAGGCCGCGGGGCAGCUCUUCUACAUCCGCCCCUACGUCGAGGACUUCACGCCCGCCUGGCUCGCCGGCAGCAGCUGCGCCCUUGUGGCCGGCGCCCUGGCCCUCGUGUACAUCGCCGACACCAUCAGCGAGUUGAAGCUCGGAAACGGAACCAGCGUGCUCAUCUUUGCAAACAUCGCAUCCGCGCUGCCCGCCUCCGUGGGGCAGCUCAUGUCUCAGAGCGGGUCCGAGGACCCCGCCAACCUGGCGAUCUUUGCGGGUGCGUUCGCGCUUACCACGCUGGGCAUCAUCUACGUGCAGGAGGCGGAGCGCCGCAUCCCGGUCAACUACUCCAACAGAUACUCCUCCAGCAAUCUGGCCCGGCAGUCCUACCUCCCCUUCAAGGUGAACGCCACGGGCGUCAUGCCCCUCAUCUUCGCCUCCUCCAUCCUCGCCCUGCCCGCUGCGCUGGCCCGCUACACCGACUCCGCCUCCCUGGAGGAGUUUGCUCGCUCGGUGGGACCUGGGGGGCUGCUGUACGUGCCCUUCAACGUGGCGCUCAUCGUCUUCUUCAACUACUACUACACGUUCCUGCAGCUCGAGCCCAAGGACCUAGCGGAGCAGCUCAAGAAGUCGGGAGCCGCCAUCCCCGCCAUCCGACCCGGCAAGCAAACCGCCGAGUACGUAACCCGCACGCUGACCCGCAUGAGUCUGCUGGGCUCUGUGUUCCUGGGCGCGCUGGCUGCGGCUCCGGCGGCCGUGGAGGCGGUAACGCACCUGACGGCGUUCCGGGGCUUUGCGGGCACUUCGGUGCUCAUCAUGGUGGGUGUGGCGACAGACACCGCCCGCCGCAUCCGAGCCGAGCAAGCCAUGGCCAAGUACCAGGAUGUGGACAAACUGUACGACAACCUGAAGCUCUAGUGUCUGGGAAGGAGGAAAACGGACGAGCAGUAUGACAAGGCUUCGCCAUGGGGUGCAAACAGGGGAGGGUGAGGGGAAAACACACACUGCUGCUCGGUAGGGUGCGGUCCAUGAGCCCCCGCAUGGCUCGUCUGUGGGCCUUACAAGCCUGCAGCUUGUUACUGCUCACUCACUGGGCAGGGAGAUGAGGCUGUAGGUACGCGGUGGGCGUUCGGAAACGCAGGUGUUGCAUAGCAACCAUGUAGAUGGGGGAAGGCAUGACCGGGGCUGGGAUAGGCAUAGCAUAACCUACAUAAAGGAGGGACUGUGAAGUGCCAUGUGUGGGUCAUCCGCCGGUAAGGGCGGCGGCACCUGUGGUGCAUGCCGGGUUUAGGAUGGUGCGGUAUUAGUCAGUUGGAGAGUGGCAGGCUGGGAGGCAUGGGAAUGGGUUGCCCGCCCCUGCCUCUUUCUUGCCUUGGGUUCCAGCCGCUUUGUGCUUCGCAAGAGCUAACAGGAUUUUGUGCCAGAGUGCUCCAUGAGUGUUGCCUAAUGGCUGAGUGCUUUAGGGCUGCUACCGAUACUUGACAGCAGGGUGUUGAUAAGAGUCGUAUCAGGACGUCGUGUUGCAGGCAUGAGCCAAGGUGCACGCGAGUCUGAGACUGCUUGUUUGGGG